CUACGCAGGAAGCAAACCUGCAUCUGUGGAGAAGUAGAUUCAACGUUAGCUAAACACAAAAACACAGGCCUGUCUCACUCCGUUUUACUCUUGAAAACGGGGUUGAUUUAGAAGAUGAAUUUGGUCAAAAGCAGAAGUUUGCACCCGCACAUGCGCGACGAGGAAGCUGCUGUGGUGGAAAACGCCAUCCGACUGGCGAUAGACUCGAUCAUAAACGUGCUGUACGGUGUCAACAGUGCCAGGACUCACGAGUGCCAGCGGAUGGUGGCCGACAGGGACAAAGAGAUCCAGCGGCUGGAGGGCAGGCUGAGAGAGAUCGAGCAUGAGCUGCAGGUGCUGCGCCGACAUGGAUGCACCUGCGGGAUGUUUGAAGAGGAGACGGCCGCGCACAGCCUCGGCGGAUCAGAGGCCGCCGGUGACCCGCAGAAGACGGAGCCGAGCGGGUUUGAACCCAGCUGCAUUGACAGUGAGAUGACAGCAGGGCAGCAGGAGUGUGAGAUGAGCAUCUCUUUGGGCCUUUUUGCAAGACCCCCCUCACAUGUCUCCUCCCAAAGCCACGAGUCCGCUCUUCCGUCAUCCCCCAGCAGAAUCGGUCUGGAACAAACCUGCACCUCUCACUCCUCAGAGUCCUCAGGCGUAUCGGAGGCAGCCAGGAACCUGCCUACAUCUCCCAGCAGCCUCGUCGUCAAAGAGGAGCCGUAUGAUAUCGACACAGUCUUAAUCAAGUGGGAAAUGAGUGAAGAGAGAUUCGGGGAGCAUCAGGAGAGCACAGGGAGUCCGUAUCAGGACAAGGAGAGCACAGGCAGUAAAAAAAAACUGGAGAACAGAGAGAGAAAGUCCAGCGAGACCCCUCAUGCAGACCCGGAUGAACAUCACGUCACUGAGGGAGAACACCUCAGGAAGAAGAAGAGCGUGCCGAUGUCCGAGCUGCCGGAGGAGGCUCAGAGACUGAAGAGGGCAGCCUGGAGAGCAGCUUCCAGGCGGUACUACGCCCGCAAAGUAGCCCGGCAACAGGCAAACCCGUCACGCCCCCCCGUCCCCUUCCCCCGCAUUACAGACUCUCGGUACUCGCAACCAAACUCUUUAGUAGAUAAGAGGAGGAGGACGCUGAUAUCUGAGUUACCUGACGACUGUCAGACGCUGCAGAGGGAGGCGUGGAGAGCCGCGUCCAGGAGGUACUAUGCUCGAAAAACCGCUCGCCACCAGACUGAGCCCACACAGUACGUUCACCUGCUCCAGAACAUAGAGCCGUCUGAGGAAACACUGGGACCUAACACAGGAGGAUCCCACACCAACAAUGGAGGAAUAAUGUGCAGCUGAUAGACAGUAGUUGAGGUUUUCUAUCCUGCAUAAUUAAAGGUUGAUUUCAUUGUGUUAUGCUAUGUAGAACACUGGACUGCACUGAAUAUUGUUGGUUGGGUUUGGCUCAGGUCUUCUGAUAUGGUUUUCAAUUAACAAUUAUUUUCAUUAUCGAUUAAUUGAUUAGUUGUUUGAUCGACAUUUUCUGACAUUUUAUGGACCAGUGUUUCCCAAAGCCCAAGGUGACGUCCUCAAAUGUCUUUCAAUAUAUAUUUAUAUAUAUAAUAAAGAUAUUCAGUUUACUGUCAGAGGACUAAAGAAACCAGAAAAUAUUCACAUUUAAGACGCAGAAAAUAAUUAAUCUAUUUAAUAUUGGACCACUAAUCAAUUAAUUUUUGCAGCUGUAGUCAGAGUAGUUUGAACCUAAUAUUUUAAAUAAAAACAGUCAUUUGUGUUUCUUAACAAAUAUAGCUGCAAUAACAUCACAUUGGUUCUGAUUUCUCACUGAUUUUAUUAUUUUUCUUUUCAGCCUUUUUUUGGUAUACUGCAUUGCAUGCCUGUACAAAAUGCUUACUGCAAAGGAAGACUGAAUAAAUGCAUUCUGAGACAAUAUAAAGCUAUUGUACAGUUUUAUUCAUGUAUCAAUACAGCGCCCCUGGAGUUCAACGUCUGUAACUACAAUCAAAUUAUGACCUCAACGUCUCUGUGUAAUUGAUAAAUGAAGAAUUACCAUGUUGAUUCUUUGCUGGUGAGACUUAAAAUGUAUUUUUGUCCGUUUUUUGGAACAUGUUAAAUAAAAAAUAAAUAAAAUAAAGACUAGAUCAUUUAAAUACAACUGAUCUUUCUGUUUACAAUGAA